AAUACUCACUGAGUGUCUGAGUAUAUAAUAGACCUUUAGUCUUUCCCUUUACCUUAAGACUUUAAACAUUAAACAGUAUAUAAACUAUAAACCAUGCAAUCAUUAUUUACGUUGAUGGUAGAUUAAUAACAAUUAGAUAACCAUAACUCGAAUUGUGGUUACAACAAGAAAGUUUAUAUCAGUAAGUUUAUCAAGAAAAAAUGAAACGACAACCGUUCUACGCAUAGAUAAUAUAUCUAUGGACUAUGGUUCUACGUCUAUAAACUUUACUGAGCCAAACUACCAAAUUUUAAUCAUGCUCGGCCAACCACUUAGAAUUUAGAUUAGAUAUAAGUAUUUUAACUAUUAAGUACCUUUUUUUAAGUUUAACGUAGCAAAAUUUUUAGUCAUGCUGUAACUAUUAGUAUGGUUAAAAUAUGAAUACGUUACAAUAUUUUCCUAGUCAUUAUAUGUAAGCAUUUUUUUUUUUAAAUACGGCUGUGCUGAAAACUGAUCUCGACUUCUAUUAUUAUGACCAAGCUGUGAGUUAUAAAAAUGAAUAAACAGAAUAUUUCACCUAAAAAAAAAUCGAGCUUGUUAAGUAUACUACAUUUAAGGAAAAAAAAAUCAAUAACGUCUGAAAUUGAUACUUCAAAACAAACAUUAGAUGGUCCAUAUCGUAAUGUUUCUAAUCCACUCAAUAGAAGCACAAAUGUUUCUUUAUGUUGCGCGAUUACCGAGACAACAAAGACGCCAUCUGAUUUCCAAAAUGUAGAAAACUCAAUCGAACCUGAUGUGUGUUCUUGUACAGUGGAACCCAAUACUUCUCAUAAACGAUCUUUGAGUCUGGGCUUACAUUCAUCAACCAACGGUGUAAAUUCAGAAUAUAAAGCUACUGAAUCAAAUGAACCAUCAACACCUUCUUUGGAAAAAUGUGACAGAUUACGGAAAAUGUUUAGCAAUGCACAACAUGUGUCUGCUGAUAGUAUCAUUAUUCCAAAAACUCCUAGUAUGAAUACAGCAGAUUUUAAGCCAAUUCGGCCAUCAUCUACAACUACUCUAACAGCAUCAGAAUAUUUAAAAAAAACUGAGACUAAAAAUAACUCUAUGGAUAGUUUAGCCAGACAAGCUUUAUUUGCGGUACAAGUAUUACAUCUUAUCCCAACCUCUGAUGUUAAAGAACGAAACUAUUUACAUGGGCGUAUUGCAGGAAAUUCUUUACUUGGAGCUAUGGAAUUGGAGCGAGUUUUACAUAAUCGUGAAGUUCGUAUAUAUGUUGGAACAUGGAACAUGAAUGGCCAAGCGCCUCCACCUGAACUAAAUGAACUAUUACUGCCUGACACUGUUCCUCAUCUGCCAGAUAUUCUUGCUAUAGGUACCCAAGAAAGUUAUCCUGAUAAAUUUGAAUGGGAAGUAAAUAUUCAAGAAACUAUUGGUCCAUCACACAUUCUUUUUCAUUCUGCUUCAUUAGGCACAUUACAUUUAGCUAUUUAUAUUCGAAGGGAUUUAAUUUGGUUUUGCUCUGUUCCCGAAGAAUCAAGUUUUAGCACUCGACCAGGAACUGCAUUUCGAACAAAAGGCGCUGUUGCAAUUUCGUUUUCUUUAUUUGGGUCAUCGAUAUUAUUUAUAACAUCGCAUCUUACUGCACAUGUAGAAAAAGUUAAAGAACGUUUACAGGAUGUGCGUAGAAUUAUUAAAUCCUUGGAACUUCCAAAACUUUUGCCUAUUAAACAUAAAACAAAAGAUGUUACAAAUAAUUUUGAUUAUGUAUUUUGGUGYGGAGAUCUUAACUUCAGAUUAGCCCAUUCACGACCUGAAGUCAUGAAAUGGAUAACACAACAUAGAUUUCCUUUGAUUUCACCUAUGCAUCAAACACUUUCUGAUCAACUGAAUGACUGUAUUUCAAAUGGUUUGGUAUUUCGUGGAUUCCAAGAAGGCCCAUUAACAUUUGCACCAACAUAUAAGUAUGAUCCAGGAACUGAAAUGUUUGAUACAUCUGCUAAACAAAGAACACCUUCGUAUACAGAUAGAAUUCUUUUCAAAUGUGGGAAACAACAAGUACUACCUAGUCCCACAGGAUCCACAUGUAAUUCAUCUAGUAUUGAAUGUUUAACUUACUGUUCGGUUCCGACAGUAUGUACUUCUGACCAUAAACCAGUUUGGGGUCUUUAUAAGUGUUCAAUUCGGCCUGGUAUUGAUACUAUGCCUUUAGCUGCUGGACAAUUUAAUCGUGAUGUUUAUUUAGAAGCAAUCAAAAGACGAGCAGCAAGUAUGGACAAACGUGUUGGAACCUCUGCUGUUUGUAAUGUACAAUAAUAUAAAGCUUAUAAGCCUUAAACUAGGCAAAAAGUGAUAAAAUCUUCUUAAAAGGGUACUAUACCUUGUUCCAAAUAAGAGCUCACCAAAUUUACGUAACAAAGCCGGUUUUGCCCGUGUGCUCUUAUUUGGAACAAGGUAUAUAUAUUUAGUUUGUAGAAUAAUAUCUAAAGGGGGAUCAAAUAAUAAAUAAUUUUUAUUAAUCAAAAUUGAUUAACUAUCAAAAAGUCAAAUGACAUAAUCAUAUAAAUCACGCAUUAAAAGACUGCAUGUAAAAGGUAAAUCGAUCAGCUAUUUUUAAUUUGCUUGACUGUCUAUGGUGCUUUCAUUUUACUAUUGUUUUGUAAUUACAUUUUUUUGAAUUUUUAUAGAUAACCCUACUAAAGUAAUUUUGUCUAGUCAAAGUAAAAUCUAAAUGUGCAAUUUUUAAUACCACUUACCAUUUAUUAGAAUCCUUGUCAUACUCUUAAUUUAAUUAUUAUCUUUUUACUUUACUACACCUAGUUUUAAAUCUAUUUUUUGUUUAACCACA